GCCCGUGGAAAAUACUGUACAAAUGCAUUAUGUUUCAGCUACUGUAUACAGGGCUUUGCCUUGCUUUGCUGAGUACUCUCACUCAACCAUAUAUCAAUGUGUAAUUGACCACCAACUUAAAAUCCUUCUAUAUCUACUGUACAUGUAUUGUAUGUGUCAUAUGUUAAAUAUAUAUUCUACCACCUCCAGAAGGAUAAAAUGCUAUGUGCUGUAGAGAAGAGAUUGAGAGCCUUGGCCUACAAUAAUGGAAGCAGUGGGAUGGAUGCCAACCUGUCACACAGUUGGAUGACAUAUCUGUAUACUUCCCAUUAUUUCUUUAUACAGAGAGGGCCUCUGGGAUUAGAAUGUGGUAUAGCAGGGGGUAUAGAGAUCUGUAUCACCUUCCCUACAGAGUAUGUGAAGACUCAGCUACAACUGGACGAGAAGGCCAACCCUCCCAAAUACAGGGGCAUCGGUGAUUGUGUGAAGCAGACAGUACAUGGUCAUGGGGUGAGGGGACUGUAUAGAGGACUCAGCUCACUCCUCUACGGAUCCAUACCCAAAUCAGCUGUCAGGUUUGGUGUGUUUGAGUAUCUCAGUAACCAUGCCCGUGACGAGGCAGGGAAGUUGAACAGCACCAGGGGUCUGCUAUGUGGGCUGGGGGCUGGAGUCAUGGAGGCUGUAGUCAUAGUCUGCCCCAUGGAGACUGUCAAGGUUAAGUUCAUCCACGACCAGUCUUCAGUCAACCCCAAAUACAGAGGCUUCUACCAUGGAGUCAGGGAGAUCAUCAGAACCCAAGGUAUUAGGGGGACCUACCAGGGCCUGACAGCCACCGUUCUGAAGCAGGGCUCCAACCAAGCCAUCCGAUUCUACGUCAUGACCUCCCUCAGGAACUGGUACAAAGGGGAUAACCCCAAUAAGGCUAUUAACCCCGUGGUGACAGGAACGUUUGGAGCCAUUGCAGGAGCAGCCAGUGUGUUCGGGAACACCCCACUGGAUGUCAUCAAGACCAGGAUGCAGGGUCUGGAGGCUCAUAAGUAUAAGAGUACACUGGACUGUGCCGUCAAGAUCAUGAGACACGAGGGUGUACGAGCGUUUUAUAAGGGGACGGUUCCUCGGCUGGGCCGUGUGUGUCUGGAUGUGGCCAUCGUCUUCAUCAUCUAUGAGGAGGUGGUCAAGGUUCUCAACACGGUCUGGAAGACGGAGUGAGGGGGUGCAGCUGGAGCCUCUGACCUCUCUGGGCCAAACAGGAUGUGACCGGACAAAUGAGCCUACUACCACUCUGUAAUGCCAAGCCCUCCAGUAGCAAGCUGCCAAAUUGUGACAAACCUAAUUAUUGUUACAGUUCUACUGUAAUACAACUCACCCUUUUGGGCUGGCUAACAGCGUUUUCCUCAAGUGAGAAGUAUGCAUAGAGUAAUAUAUUCUGACCAAGAGAAGAGAAAAAAUGUAAAUAAUAUACUGAUUCAUAAUAUAUUGAUCAGAGUCUUUAUCAAUGUAUUUAUUGAACGUUGAAUGUUGACUAAUGCGUCUUUGUGUUUGAGACCGUUGCUGUUAUACUGUGCAGUGUUAUGUACUAAAUAGUAAGCCAAUGCGCUACAGUGUUAACAUUAAAGUACUGUAGGGAUUGGGUGGGUGCAAGAGGUCGCAUUGGGUUCAUUACAGCUCAUUCCGACUCAACCAUAACUCAGUUUCCUAGCUCAGAUGGCAUCCUACCACAGAUGUUUGUGUUCCAGAUAGAUCAGCCAUGUUCUGAGAUGGAACCCUGGGGGAACAUUCCCAUUCCAUCCACACAUGUUCCAAUCAUUUCAGAGGCCUUUGUUGUCAAUCGUUUUAAAAUUCUAAAUCAUUGACAUUCUGUUAUAUUUGGUGCCAUUUUGGGGGUUGUUUUAGUGUUUUAAAUUCUUUCGUUAUUGUUGCCUUGCAGAUGUGCCUAUUCAUUUACGAAAACAACCAUUUUGAAACCAUUACAAUGUAUUAUAUAUUUUUGAAUCCAUCUCAUCUAGGUUUUCAGGGUCUUGAUUUUAGUGUAAUAAUGUGAGAACAGUCUGAGUCUGCACAAAUGUCUGCCCUAACAACAAGAUAACAUGGCUUUAUUUUGCAUCAGUGGAAUAGUAAAUGAAAUGCAUUGUUAUUUAGCUUUUAGCGCCCAAUGCCUUUGACUCUGCGUUGUCAGUAACGGUAGAUUGACUGUUUUGACUCUGCGUUGUCAGUAACGGUAGAUUGACUGUUUUGACUCUGCGUUGUCAGUAACGGUAGAUUGACUGUUUUGACUCUGCGAUGUCAGUAACGGUAGAUUGACUGUUUUGACUCUGCGUUGUCAGUAACGGUAGAUUGACUGUUUUGACUCUGCGUUGUCAGUAACGGUAGAUUGACUGUUUUGACUCUGCGUUGUCAGUAACGGUAGAUUGACUGUUUUGACUCUGCGAUGUCAGUAACGGUAGAUUGACGGUUUUGACUCUGCGAUGUCAGUAACGGUAGAUUGACUGUUUUGACUCUGCGUUGUCAGUAACGGUAGAUUGACUGUUUUGACUCUGCGUUGUCAGUAACGGUAGAUUGACUGUUUUGACUCUGCGUUGUCAGUAACGGUAGAUUGACUGUUUUGACUCUGCGUUGUCAGUAACGGUAGAUUGACUGUUUUGACUCUGCGUUGUCAGUAACGGUAGAUUGACUGUUUUAACUCUGCGUUGUCAGUAACGGUAGAUUGACUGUUUUGACUCUGCGUUGUCAGUAACGGUAGAUUGACUGUUUUGACUCUGCGUUGUCAGUAACGGUAGAUUGACUGUUUUGACUCUGCGUUGUCAGUAACGGUAGAUUGACUGUUUUGACUCUGCGUUGUCAGUAACGGUAGAUUGACUGUUUUGACUCUGCGAUGUCAGUAACGGUAGAUUGACUGUUUUGACUCUGCGUUGUCAGUAACGGUAGAUUGACUGUUUUGACUCUGCGUUGUCAGUAACGGUAGAUUGACUGUUUUGACUCUGCGUUGUCAGUAACGGUAGAUUGACUGUUUUGACUCUGCGUUGUCAGUAACGGUAGAUUGACUGUUUUGACUCUGCGUUGUCAGUAACGGUAGAUUGACUGUUUUGACUCUGCGUUGUCAGUAACGGUAGAUUGACUGUUUUGACUCUGCGUUGUCAGUAACGGUAGAUUGACUGUUUUGACUCUGCGAUGUCAGUAACGGUAGAUUGACUGUUUUGACUCUGCGUUGUCAGUAACGGUAGAUUGACUGUUUUGACUCUGCGUUGUCAGUAACGGUAGAUUGACUGUUUUGACUCUGCGUUGUCAGUAACGGUAGAUUGACUGUUUUGACUCUGCGUUGUCAGUAACGGUAGAUUGACUGUUUUGACUCUGCGUUGUCAGUAACGGUAGAUUGACUGUUUUGACUCUGCGUUGUCAGUAACGGUAGAUUGACUGUUUUGACUCUGCGUUGUCAGUAACGGUAGAUUGACUGUUUUGACUCUGCGUUGUCAGUAACGGUAGAUUGACUGUUUUGACUCUGCGUUGUCAGUAACGGUAGAUUGACUGUUUUGACUCUGUAAUGUCAGUAACGGUAGAUUGACUGUUUUGACUCUGCGUUGUCAGUAACGGUAGAUUGACUGUUUUGACUCUGCGAUGUCAGUAACGGUAGAUUGACUGUUUUGACUCUGCGUUGUCAGUAACGGUAGACUGACUGUUUUGACUCUUGCUUUUACCUACAUACAGUAAGUGCUGCAUAAAAUAUGUACUGUAAGGUGCGGAAGGCCUCAGUCCUCUCCUCAGCAUAUGCUGUUUUAGGACUGGAUUCAAUCCGUAUCGCAGAAGAUUCGUGUUAAAAUGUAAAGGUAAUUUCCGAUUGAGCCGACAUAUGCAGAGUUUACCAUGACAAUUGCCUUUACAUUUCAAUCAAGCUAUAACGCAGAUCUUCUGUGAUACUUCUGCGAUAUGGAUUGAAACCAACCAGAUUCCAUAAUAUCACAAUCAAAAUUAAAUGGAUAUAAUUUCAAAUA